AUGGCGCGGAGGCACCUGCGCGAGCUUCUCAGGGAAGAGCAGGAGCCCUUCGCCCUGCAGAGAUUCAUUGACGAGCGGCGUUGCCAACUACGUGGAGCCUACACCAAGGUACCGCCGUCGCCACGGCGGCGCCACCAUCACUGGCUGCUCAGGGGCCGAGCAUCUCCCUCGUUCAUCCUCCUCAGGGAUCCCCUGGACUGUAAGAAAUCCCCACUGUCGCGUCCCCCCCAGGAGAAAACCCGGGGGACUGGUUCCCAGACAGCCGCCGCACUGCUCCUCGAAGCGACGACGAGGAUCCAGAAGCUCACGAAACAGAAGCAGGAGCGCGGUCGGAGGAAGAGACCGGCGGGGAGGAAGAAGGGGCCGAUUGAAGAGCCAUCGGCACCCUUUGGCUUGGGCUUCCUGGCCUCCGUCUUGAGGCAGCUGGUCCUGAGGCGAAGGCGUCGGGAGAUAAGAGGGGAUGAAGAGAGACGCCCCUCCAAGGCCACCGCCGAGCUGUACCUGGAAUGGGAACCCUGCCAUGGAGAGAAGGGCGGCGCCGCGCAGAGGGCAUCGCCGGCGGCGACACGCACGCACAGAGGAGAACCCGACAAUGCGCGCAGUGGGUGGUUUCUUCUCGCCGACCGAGCACAGAAGAAGCUGGAGGAAGACGAAUAUCCUCAGCGCUCAGAAUGGUUCGGCUGUGGCGUUCUCGAGUGCCAUCCCAGCGAGAGUGACAGCGGAGGGCCUCCUCCGUCAGUCUCCGGAGUUCCUUUCAUCCAACCUGCGAGCAUCCAAUGGCUGCGACCGGAUGACCCUUCGCCGGACGGGCCUUCACUGGAGCUCCGGACGCCGCCGGCAUCACCGACUCACCGGAGAACCGAGGUACGCCACCUCUCAGCCACGUUCCCACCGCGUGAUUUUCUCAUUUUGCCUGACCGCGAGCACGCUUAGGGCCUACUUUAUUCCUCCCUGUCUCCCCCCGCAAUCUCCUCUGAUCCCCUGCAAUCUAACCGAUAAGAGCAGCGGAUUGAGUCGACAAUUCCGAGGCGGUCAAGCUAAUCCUCAGAGCCGGUCUCUACGGAGAUAUUCUAAUGCCCGAGAUGAGGCCGAGUAGCUGUCUCGCUAUUUGAUUUACUCCUAUUCAAUGCUCGUUCGUGCCCCCCCCCCCCCCGAGGAGGAGAAGUCCCCUCGCCCCCGCUAAACAGCUGUUCUUGGCCACGCGAAGAUCCCUUCUACUCUUCCCCUGCAGACGACCAGCGAGAGAGAGAGAGACCCACUUUCUCCUGGAUCUGAUCCCAGUCGGGACCCUGUCAGCUAUGGGCAUCGAUUUUGAUUGAAACCUCGCCGAUUAUUUUUCCAGUGACUGUGUUCGGGGAAGGCGACAAGAGCUGUUCUUGGGAGGUGGGUUCGUCGUUUGAUAGCUUUCUGGAAUCAGAUUUCCCUCCGUCUGUUGUUUUCAUGGCGGUAUUUGGGGCGUGCACGCAGAAUAAUCGGCUGCGCCGCGGUUGUUCUGGUUUUCUCAAAGAGAGCAAUCGGGCUCGUGCCUGCGCAGGGACAGCUGUUCGGGGGAAGACCCGGCGAGGAGAAGGAGGAGCAGUACAGUCCCGUCUCCGUCCUCGACCCCCCUUCCGAUGAGGAGGAGGAAGAAGAUGAGGACCACCACGUUGAUGACAGCCAUCGGCCAGAGGGGGAGGAAGGAGGAGGGGAUGAGGAGGACGACGGGCACGUGGACUCGUUCGACCGCAGCCUCGCCAUGGUCCAGAGUAUGCCAUUUCCCCAGACAUCUAUCUGUCUUUCUAUCCAUCUCCGUACGAACUUUACAGAGCAGUGAGCGGAAAGCCCAUCGGCCUCUUUUUUCACGCUUUUGAAUUCAAAUUUUAUGUGCCGACGUCAGAGGCCAAGCAGGAGCUGCUCUGCAGACUCCGCAGGUUCGAAAGGCUCGCCCACCUCGACCCUGUAGAGCUCGACAGGCGCCUGGCUGAGGAAGAAGGCGACGACGACGACCAAGAUCUCGUCCGGGUCGUUCUGGGCCCGCCCGGCGACGCCCGGAAGUUCGCAGCUUUGACCGAGGAGACGGCGGAGUUAGAGCUUCGGAGGGUCAACGGCAUCGAGAUGAUGGUGGAGAUGGACUUGCGACGGGAGGGCGACGGGUGGAGGAGGUUCCCCGACCAGGUGGCCGAGGUUGCCGCCGCUGUCUCCUCAUUGCUGCUGGCCGAGCUGGUGGCGGAGGACUUCGUCCCGUUGACUGGCGGUUCUCCAUCGCCCUGA